GUCUUCUGCCGGCCGUAGCAAGACGCGCAUCGAGUCCGCGGACAAUUACGUUCUUAUUCUACGGGUAGUAAGAAACGCUAGCAAAAAAAGAAAGAGAGAGAGAGAGAGAGAGAGAAAGAGAGGAUCGCACAAGCCGACGACGAUGGAGUGUUUCUCCUGCGUGGCGAUGAUCGCCAUCUUCUACAUCCUAUUUGACGUGAAUUAUUUCCUGAGAGUCAUCCUCACUAUCUUAUGGGGUAGACUCUUCGAGAAGAAGAAGAAGCUUUUUGAAACAACCACGAUUUAUGGUAUCUGUUUCACUCAGGACGUUGACCUGAUUCUGAAACACAUGAACAAUGCGAGAUAUCUCCGCGAGCUGGAUUUCGCACGUUUUUAUUUUUAUGAUAGAACAGAAAUUUAUGGGACCAUCGUGAAGAGAGGAGGCAGUGCUGUUCAGGGUGCAUCUAGCAUAAGAUACCGCCGAGCAAUUCCUAUCUUUACGCUGUACAAGGUCACCACGAAGCUCAUUUACUGGGAGGACAAACACUUCUAUAUAGAACAACAGUUUAUCACUCUCACGGACAACUUCAUUCGUGCCGUGGUAUUAAGUAGGCAAACUACAACAGGAUUGAAGGUACCGGUGCAGGAUAUAAUAGCCGAAUUAGAACCGGAAAUACGUCAGCCAGAACCCACCAAGGAACUUCAGCUGUGGCUGGAUUCCAUGGAAGAGUCGUCUCAAAGUUUAAAAAAACAAAAAUGAGCAGAUGCAUUCCUCUGAUACAUUGCUCAAUAUGUUAUUUAAUUAUUUGUUAUUUAUCUUGUUUUUUGGGGGGGAAAACUUAUAGUUACAUGUUACAUGUGAUUGUAUCUGUUAAGCUUUUUCAGUUGAAUUUUCGCGGUACAAAACGUAUUCUAGUUAUAAAUCAAGCUGAAUCUACCGAAUGUGACACAAUGAUCUUCCAUAGUCUUUUAUAACUUUCUUACGGAACAUUUUUAUAUAAGCACAAUACAGAGUUUCGUAAAAAUGAUAUUCUGAAAUUAACCUCACCUUGUAAGUUCAUUUAAUUGUGGAUCUUGUAAUUUUGAAUCUUAUAAUCUUGUAAAUUAAUGAAAAAGUACGAUAUCGUCGAGUAAAAUUUCUUUAUUCUGAAUUUAUAGAUAUAACUUGCAAGAGAUUACAAUUUUUAUACCAAAACUUUACACAAAACUUUUGUAACCAAAAGCAACCAUCUCUCCGGCCGAAUUAGAUCAGUUAGUAUAGGAAGGUGGAAGGUAUAAUCUUCAUCAAAGGAGGCUUGCAUAAUUAUGUGAUUCCGUGGAAAUAAAACUCAGAUUCUGCCGAA